AUGGGUAAAUGAAAGAGACGGAAGGCAUGUAUGUACGUCAUCGUGCAUAUGUAUGUAUGUAUGUAUGUCAGAGGCCGACCACCUUACCGCCCUUCGCGAGAAAGACGACGUCAUCGGUCAGCUGAGUGAGCGCUGAACAAAUAUGAUGACACAACGUGCUCACACGAUGCAGCUUUCUGUAUCUCUGUCUGUCUGUCUGUCUGCAUCAGACACACGCCUGGCCGCCGCAGACCACACCAUCGCCAAGCAACAAGAGACCGCGUGUGAACACAAGAGACAUGAAAGAGUCGUGCGAAUGCAUUCAUUGCUUGUAUGUUUCUCCCUCAAUGGAUGCAGAUCGCCUCCCACGAGACCAAGGAGCGAGACUGGCGCCCCUGUCACAAGGAGUGGCAGGAGCGCCACAAUUGGGAUUACGUGCGAAUAAUCGACCAACGUGAGCCGCACACAAAUACACACACACGUUCGCCUGACUGCCAUGUGUGAGUCUCUUGGCCGCCCUGUUUCUGUUCUUCAGAUGCUGCGUUGAAGGCGAUACGCGGCCGCACCGCGAGCUUGGAGAAGGUUCGUUCAAACGAUAUGCGUACGUAGCGGGAAACGAGAACACUCACUCUCACAGGUGCCGCUGUCUGGUUCUUUGAUUGCUUGCAGCUCAUCAGUUCCGUACGGCCGCUGUCCAAGGAGGACUUCAUGACAGACACGGCCUACCACGACUACUGCCGGGCUGUUCCAGUGUUUGAUCGUGAGCAAGGCACUCGGCACACGAAAACCCAUCGCCACUCAUAUCUGUGCGCGUUUGUGUGUGGAUUGUUUUCUCCCUCAGAGUGUGGGUAUUCGCCCGACCAUGUCAACAUCACCACCGAGCACAGCGCUACCAUCACCAGUGUGUCUGGGCUGCCAGACUCCAUCAACCACGACGUCCUACUGCAACAGAUCGAGACCGUAAGCCAGCCAGUCGACUGUCAUACCAAGUACCUAAACAUACAAAGCUGUUUAUCCUGGUGUCACGUGUGUGUAUGGUCAGGCAUUCAUCAACUGCCACGGCUUGUGUUUGUGUGCGUUUGGGCAUCGCGAGCGCACUCCUCCACUGGCUAGUUUUUCGGUCGGUUGGUCGUGUUUUGGUCGGCUGCACUGGGGGAAGGGGGCUGAUCGGGUGCGUUUGCGUGUGGUGAUAGUACGUCCAUGCAGAUUUGGGAUUUUCGUCUCGUGCGUGCCGUGUGUGCGGUCGCCCGGGCGCUUCGGCUCAUCCUUUGAUCCGAGAGACAGACAGAGACAGAUCGGCCGACCGACCGACAAUGGGAUUGCGUGUGUGCGAGUGAGAGUGUUCGGGCGGGCAAAGGCUGCUUUUGGGUGCUGUGCGUGUGUGUGGUGAUAACAAACUGUCUGACAUUGGCUGUGGCCGGCUGCUGGCUGGCUGGCUGGCCGGGUGACUGGCUUGCUGGAUGGUGCAUUGCUGCGUGGAUGCAUGUGGUUUGGGUACGUCCAUGCAUGCAGGUUUGGGAUUUGAGAAGACUAGUGGACUCUGGGUAAGACUACUGCACGGACGCUGUGUCUGUGCGCUGUUUGUGGUGUAGGUGUAGGUGUGUGUGCCUUGGGUGCCGGUUGUGUUGCUGAGGAGAGAGAGAGAGAGGCUGUCUGUCUGUGUUUUAGGGACUUGCUGCUGUACUUUGUGCCGUGGGUCCGUUCGUUGUGGGUUGACUGUCUGCCAGAAAAGGGCAGACACUGUCAGCAGGGAGGACACAAAACGAGUUCGUCAAAUCUACGGCGGCCCCGGUAAGAUGUGGCUCGAUGAGAACCACACAAUGUGUUGUUGGCCUGCUCUUUUUCGUCUGUGCUGAUGUGCAGCUGCAUCGGUGUCUACAUUCUAUAUCUGUUCGUCCCGUCCCAUCGCUCCUGCCGGCUGUACCUGAGAAAAUGGUGAGUGAAGUGGGCCACGAGCCCAGCAAAGCUGUCAUCCAUCGCCGUUGAUGUGUAUGUGUGUGUGUGUCAUCAAGAUGGAGCACGCCACCCGAAGACUUGCACCACCACAACCACAUCUACGAUCGCAAGGUGGCAAGGUGGCAGGCCAACACACGCAGGCAGACAGGGAGCAUCCACAAUGUGUGUGCAGUGCAUGCAUUCAUCACAUACAUAUGAGAUCAUCCCUUCUAUCUGUCUGUCUGUCUGUCUGUGGUGGACAUGGUCGCGGUGGACAACGGCCGCGAAGGCGAUCCCAUGAUGGUCAGCAGCCGUUUCUGUGGUGAGAGAGUGCCGUUGCCGGACAGGUGACUGACUAGGUGCGCGUGCCUGGGAUUUGAGUACUCGACUUGGUUGGAUUUGUGUCGGACAAGUCGAGCAGCAGUGCAGUAGUGCAGCAGCCGCCGCUGGUGGUGGUGGUGGUGCGAGGCACCACGCCAUGACGUUGCGCGGGAGGCGAGGGAAGCGGUCUGUGAGCGGGAGCCAAGGGCUGAAAAUGGUCAGUCAGUGAGUGCGAAAGUGUGCCUAUGCUUUGCAUCCUAUCCUGUCUGGUCUGUGUGGGUGUCCGUCUUAUCCAUGGUGCAGAGCAUGGCGAAUGAGGAUGCGGGCAAGGGCGAUGCGACCGGUUCCAUCCCGACCAUCGACUGCCUCGUCAACGAGCUCAAGCAAACCGAAGACCAAGCCGAGCGGUCGGUGGACACCUACCUACACUUACCACACACACACACACACUGCCCUCGCCUGCCUCCCUGCGCAUAUCGUUGGCAUCUGUCAAUCAGGAUGACGGAGCUGCUGGAGGUCGCCCGUCUGCUGCCGGACCCCCUGCCGAAGAAGUGCAAGAAAGUGAUGCACUUCAAGUACGUCCAUCGCACACACACACACAUGCACACACACACAGACGGGGAUCAUAUAUUCCGGGGGAUGCCACGUCUCAUCCGUGUGAUCUCUGUUCGCUGUGUGAUGGGUGCAGCACGGUCAAGAAGCUGCGGAGUGUCUUUCCACAGGGAGGCGGGGAGGGAGGGGGGAAGGAGAGGGUCAAGAAGCCCGCCAAGCCACACUCAAGGAGUUCAAGAAGGUAUGAAUGUCAGUCGGCACAUAGCAUACACGCUCAUGUCUGUCUGUCUCUCUCUCUCUCUUUCUGUGCGUGUGUGUGUGUGUGGUUGGCAUGGUGUCUGCAGAACUUCACCUCCAAUGGCGCGGAAGCCCUCGGGCGACCCCGACGGCCAGCCGUCGCCCAAGAGGGCAAAGUGA